AUGAAUGUGUUGCUGCAGCGGGGGAGGCGGCAGCAGAGGCAGCGACGGCGGCUACAGACGGUGGCCGAAGUUCUGAAAGGAUUGCCCGUCCACAACAAAAGCAAUCUUAGCCGAUUCCAUGCUGACUCUGUGUGCAAAGCCUCGAACAGACGGCCCUCAGUCUACCUGUCCACUCGGGAGGACCCCUCUGAACAAAUAAUUGUGACCGAGAAGACCAAUAUCCUCCUGCGCUCCCUGCACCAGCAAUGGGACAAAAAGAACGCUGCCAAGAAGCGAGAUCAGGAGCAAGUGGACCUGGAGGGCGAGAGCUCAGCCACCCCCCGCAAGAUCGCCCAGACCGACAGAGAGGACAUGCACGAGGACACUUAA